CAUCUAAGGGCCUAGAAUGUUUGAUUCUCUAUCAAUAUAUAUAUAUCGCUUCCGUUGUCUUUAACGUCCCCUCUUCGCUCAGCCUCCGACUCUUUGAUUUAGGGUUUCCUGGGUUUUUCUGCGCCUCUCAAGAGCUAUAUCGAACUUCGAAAAUGGUUCUCCAAAACGAUAUUGAUCUGUUGAACCCUCCGGCGGAGAUUGAGAAGAGGAAGCACAAACUCAAGCGCCUCGUGCAGUCCCCCAACUCCUUCUUCAUGGAUGUCAAAUGCCAAGGGUGCUUCAAUAUAACUACUGUUUUCAGCCACUCUCAGACUGUGGUGGUAUGUGGAAACUGCCAAACUGUUCUGUGCCAGCCUACGGGUGGACGGGCAAGACUCACCGAAGGCUGCUCUUUCAGGAGAAAGGGAGACUAAGGUUGAGAAAUUCUUUUUUUAAUGUUUUGCAUGUGAUAAACUUUUUAAGUUUGAAGGGUGUAGUGGAUUUUGUCUUCUCUUAUGGAAGAUUAAAUAUUUUUGCGAAUUGAGGAGUUCUACUUUAUUUAGCAUUACCUGAUAUUUUUGUAAUUUGUUCUAUGUCAGCAACUCUUUUUAAGACUAAGAAUUCUCUCGUUUCCUACUCAA